UGGCUGUCAGCCAUCGAUUUGGGAAGGGAAGUGGUUGUUAUUUAUAGUUUUGUUUUAGUGUCACUUGUAAUAAAAAUUAGUAGUUUUUUAAAUUAGUGUAGCUAAAGAGAUUGUCAUGGAAGUAAACAAUACAUAUGGCACAGCUUCGGCUCCUAGCGACGCUCAGCAUCCGACAGUACACAUUAAUUUGAGUACUUCAUUACCUACCAGUAAUAUAUUACAUGAUGACACCACGCUGAAUGCAGCAUCAGCACCGCUAUACAACGAUGAUAUGACUGAUGACAUCCCUCCACCAAAGGCUGAUUUCUCUGCGCCUCCUCCGUAUGAUGCAGGAGCAAAGCUACCUACAUAUGAAGAAGUUCAGCGAGAGAAAAGUUUACAGGGGGAAUCCAGCAGAGUACCUUUGGCAUUUCUUGCUAUUGACACUGAAGCAGCUGACAACGAAAAUGGGUCAGGUCUUCUUGGAACAGACUUCAUGUUUUUCACAUCUUUCUUAGUUGCUUUUUUAUUCAACUGGAUUGGAUUUUUGUUGCUGAUGUGCUUCUGUCACACAAUUGCUGCAAGAUAUGGAGCUCUUUCCGGUUUUGGUCUUUCACUUGCCAAGUGGACCUUGAUUGUGAAACACUCAACAGACUUGGCUUCACGUGAGAAUAGUUGGUUGUGGUGGAUAAUCAUGACUUUUGGUUUGUUGAUAUGCGUACGUGCCAUAAUUCAAUAUCUGAAGAUUAAAAGAGGUUGGCGACUUUUGUCUGGCAGUGCGCAGGAACGGCUGCUCUUCUUCUAUUAAUUUUUAAUUUCUUUUUAGCUCUACGUAAAAUCCUUCACUGCAGCAUCUUUGCCUCAGUAAUGAUUAUAAUUGUUCCCAGUUUUCGUGUGAGUGUCGUACAGUUUUAGUUUCUGCAAUGAGCCAUACUUUUUUAAUUUUAUGUUUAAAGGAAAGUGGCAACUGCUUUCAAUAAAUUAAGUGACCCAAGUCUCAGAUCAACAAUAUGUUGUGCUGCAGUAAUUAUUCUUGACACACUAUGGCUUUUAUUUUGCUAUGAAAUAUUGGAGCAUAAUUAAAGUCUGUGUCACAGUGUCACACAAGGGCCACACAGAAAGCAUACAAAAACUGUGUGCCACGAGUAAGAAUUUUUUAGAGGUGCUUUUUAAGUAGAAAAAUUAUCCUCCACAAAAAAAAGGGAAACAGCUUGCCUAUAAAUGUAAAAUGUGGUUUCAGGCAUCAUAGAAUAUUGGCUUUAGUGACUGUAGGCACAACACAUGAAAUAAAAAUUUGUGGUGAUAUUUAGAUGCUGGGACACUUUUGUAAAAUGAAUUUAAAAAAUGCAACUUUAGUCCUAUAAUAAGGUUGAUUUCUAGGCUGUAAGCAAUUUAUAUCUAAGGGUAUGACUAAAAGCAGUGACAACAUUUUGCACAGUUGUGUUGUUUUUGUGCACCAUGCUCUUAUUGUGUUUAUUUUUCAAUGGUACUUAACAAGUAUAUAGGACUUUUUUUGUUAGUAUUUGCACACAGUGUUAAAAAUGCUGUGUGUUUGACGCUUAUUGUCAAGCAUUUCCCGGUGUUUAUACUUAAAAUACAUUCCUCUAAGUAACCAUGAAUGUAUAAAGUAGAUGAUGUGAAGGUUGCAACAACUCUCACAGUAUUUGGGGCUAGGCCUAAAAUUAAAAUUUAACUUAUGAAGUUUGAAAAUGUGAUUUGUAUCUCCAGUCAUAUAAUUUUAGGGAGCACUUUUUGUAAGUAAUAAAACAGGUUUUUUUUCUGUUUUGUUAGUUGUCACAGCAGUCAUAAAGUUGUACUUAACACGUCUUAUUUUUUAAAAAAUUUGUAGAGAAGUGUAAUAGGCUUUUCCUGAAAGGAAAAAUAAAAAACUUUGUUUAUUAUUAGUCAUGAAAAAUACACAAUUGAGACAUCAGAGUCUCUUCUAAUAAUGAUGUGAAUAUAUUUUAUUGUUCUCAUUAAACUCUUUCCUCAACA